UUCUGGCAGCGCAUGCGCUGAGCCGUGGGCUGGAGAGUUGCUGGUUGGAAAUGGCGGCUGCAGGCUUAGUUGCUGUGGCCACGGCUGCAGAGUACUCUGGCCAGGUAGCAUCGGGAGGUAACCUCUCCGGUGUUAACUGCGGCCCAAGCUCCGGGACAGGCCCUGGUCCUGGCCCGGGUUCGUGGAGCCGCUCCCUCGAUCGAGCGCUGGAGGAGGCGGCAGUGACCGGGGUGCUGAGCCUGAGCGGCCGGAAACUGAGGGAGUUUCCCCGGGGAGCGGCCAACCACGACCUGACGGACACCACCCGGGCGGAUCUGUCACGAAAUCGUCUCUCAGAAAUUCCCAUAGAAGCAUGUCAUUUCGUUUCUCUUGAGAAUCUCAACUUAUAUCAAAAUUGUAUUCGGUAUAUACCAGAGGCAAUUCUAAACCUACAGGCUCUGACAUUCUUAAAUAUUAGUCGGAACCAACUGUCAACAUUACCAGUGCACUUGUGUAAUUUACCAUUGAAAGUCUUAAUUGCUAGUAAUAACAAAUUGGUGUCACUUCCAGAAGAAAUUGGACAUCUCAGACAUUUAACAGAACUUGAUGUGAGCUGCAAUGAAAUUCAAACAAUACCUUCCCAAAUUGGUAAUUUGGAGGCCUUGAGAGACCUUAAUGUAAGAAGAAACCACUUAGUACGUUUGCCUGAAGAGCUGGCAGAGCUGCCUUUGAUACGGUUAGACUUCUCCUGCAAUAAAAUUACAACAAUCCCUGUUUGUUAUCGGAACCUCAGGCACCUACAGAUGAUCACCCUAGAUAACAAUCCACUACAGUCUCCUCCUGCACAGAUAUGUAUAAAAGGCAAAAUCCACAUAUUUAAGUACCUGAACAUACAGGCUUGUAAGAUUGCUCCAGAUCUGCCAGAUUAUGAUAGGAGACCCUUGGGUUUUGGCUCCUGCCAUGAAGAACUGUACUCAGGUCGCCCUUAUGGAGCUCUUGAUUCAGGUUUCAAUAGUGUGGACAGUGGUGAUAAGAGAUGGUCAGGGAAUGAACCUACAGAUGAAUUUUCAGAUCUGCCUCUUCGAGUAGCAGAAAUCACUAAGGAACAAAGACUGCGAAGAGAAAGCCAGUACCAGGAGACUCGCAGCAGUUUAGUAGUAACAAAUGGUGGAGUGGAACAUGAUCUGGACCAGAUCGACUACAUUGACAGCUGCACUGCGGAGGAGGAAGAGGAUGAGAUGAGACAGCCCAAGGGGCUGGAACCAGACAGCCUCAGUUCCCAGUUUAUGGCGUAUAUUGAACAACGGCGAAUCUCUCAUGAGGGUUCACCCAUAAAGCCAGUACCUCUGAGGGAGUUUCAAAAAACAGAGGACAUGAGAAGAUAUUCACAUCAAAACAGGGUUCCAGUUGAGCCAUCUUCUGUCAUGUCACUAUCACCAAGUCACAAUCAGUUAUCACAUAUAGACUUGGAACUUCAUCGGAGAAGAGAACAGUUAGUAGAGCGAACUCGGAGAGAGGCCCAGCUUGCUGCCCUACAGUAUGAGGAGGAGAAAAUAAGGACCAAGCAGAUGCAGAGAGAUGCUGUCCUGGACUUUGUCAAGCACAAAGCGUCACAAAAUCCACAAAAACAACAACCCCCCUUAGAUGAUGAGUGUCCCUUCCCAUCCAGAAGGUCUCAGCACACUGAUGAUAGUGCCUUGUUAGUGUCGCUGUCAGGGUUGAAUCAAGUGGGCUGUGCUGCUACCCUGCCUUAUUCUUCUGCCUUCAUGCCUAUUAAGAAUGAUGACAGAUCUAAUGCCAUAGCAAGUUCACCUACAACGGAAACAGUUCAUCAUUGCCCUGCAUAUUCUUUUCCUGCUGCUAUUCAGAGAAACCAGGUCCAGCGCCCUGAAAGCUUCCUUUUCCGAGCAGCUGUCGGGGCAGAAGCAAAUAAAGGUCAUGCUUCACCACUUCUUUCAUCUUCUGCAUCUACCACUGAUUCUGCAGAUCCCAAAAUGAGACCGAAUUCAAGACCAAGAGAAGAAGAGCUGGAAUUAAUAGAUCAACUACGGAAACAUAUCGAGCACCGACUGAAAGUAUCACUGCCUUGUGAUCUUGGAGCAGCUCUAACCGAUGGUGUUGUCCUUUGCCAUUUGGCCAAUCACGUGCGGCCUCGAUCUGUCCCCAGCAUCCACGUGCCCUCACCAGCUGUACCUAAGUUAACAAUGGCAAAAUGCAGGCGGAAUGUGGAGAAUUUCCUGGAAGCUUGCAGAAAAAUUGGUGUACCUCAGGACAAUCUUUGUUCCCCUUCUGACAUCCUUCAGCUAAACCUCCGCGUUAAAAGAACUGUUGAAACACUACUUUCUCUUGGGGCACAUUCAGAAGAAUCCAGUUUUGUCUCUCUGUCUAUCCAGCUUUUGGGUUUUGUGGCAUUUUAUUGUACUUUAAUGUUAACUCUCUGUCUGCUUUAUUACUGGAUCUUUCCCCUCUAGCUGAAAGAUCGUACUCCAGCGAUUUUCCACCUCAUUCCUGUGCUUGGUGAAGGAGGUUUGUCUCUCUUUACAAAGUAUUUACAUAUGUGCUUCUUUUUUUCCUAGCCAUCAAAGAGCUAACCAGUAAAGUAGAUAAAUCCUCCCCUCAUAUGUCCAGAUGAACAGCCCAACACAUUAGUAAGCAUUGAUGAUUGCUCACAAAGAGUAAAAGACCAGCAUUUUUUCCCCUGGUCUUUUGUCCAUUCUCCUGGCCUGUGGCCUUGUUUCUCUUAUCAUAAGUGCUGAGGUGUCUCUGAUACAAUUCUGACCUGUUCUUAGAAAUCUGACUUAGACCUUUAUUUCCAAAUGACAUAAUAAAAUUCCCAUGUGGCCAUUUUCCAACCUUUUCAACAGCUGCUCAUAAGGAAAAUAGUUGUACCCUUUCCGGUUGGGGAGGCACUUGGUCACUUAGAUCUCUGCAUUGAGCUAUGCCCUAAAAUCCUGAAAUCUGCCCGUAUUGGUAGGCACGGGUCCACCUAAGCAUUUACUGUCUGCACAUCUGGAAGCACUGACCGUUUAAUCUUAAUAAUUUUAAUUUGAUCAGAAUGUUCAGUCCAAAGAUCAGGUAGGUUCCUUAGAUUGCUAUUCUGAGUCCACUCUGUACAUUUAAAAUCGUCCACAACAAGCAGAUGAUCUGGAGCUGACCUUUCAGGAGUAGGCACCUGUCCAGAUUUACUAUGCUUGUUAUCAUUAGCUGAGCUUCACCUCUAGAAUCCUAUUUAGAAUCCUAUAAAUUGAAAUUUAUGUAAUUUCCAAUAUACUUGAACCAUCUUAAUAGGUGAGCUGGUAUUGAAUUAGGCUGUUGAGAAGGUUAUAUCUGAACAGUAGUAGCAGGUAAAGUAUAAGGCAGCAGUCUCUGUUCUGUACCCAAGGCAGUGAGUGGGUAUUGUCUUCUUCAGAAUGUUUAGUAUUUAAGCUGCUAGCCUUAAUACUUGAAACUACUUUAUGAUUGCAUUCAGAUUCUAGUUCUCAUAAAUAGGAUCUCUGAACAUUCAGGAAUCUACUGAAUUCAAAUAUGAAGGGAAAUUGCAGGGAACAUAACACCCUGUUGUAGAAGUCAGCCUGAGGGUCUGGUUGCUUUCAUUUUCUUCCAUAUCAAAUGGGACAAUUAUUUAACACAUUAAAAACGUAUUUCCUAUUAAUGCCGAAACAUUGAACACUGUGUUGAAAGCCAGUUUUAUACAGUAGUAGUACCUUCCAGAGUUUGGGAGGUUUGCUUUGUUUUGAUUUUAAGAUGUCUUGAGUCAAAGAUCAUUCAGUUUUGUGGAGUUUUGUCCCUUUAGGAAAUAAAAAACACGUGGUCCUGCAUGUGGUUUGAGGGGAGUAGUUGUACAUUCUCUUCAGAGCACACGGCGUUCCCUGUAAGCCGCCUGGAAGGUAAAUGUGCAUCUGGAAAGCAUGAGCCUUGGGGAGAACAGCUAAACCACAUGCAGCGCAAGGCACUCUGGAGAAGAGAUCAGGGAAUUGGCCUCAGAGAAAAUACGCCUCUCCCAAGAGCAAAACACCCUGCAGGUUCAUUUUAGACUAGUUCAUCUGUACUGACAGUCAGUGGUACUCAAAGUAUUUAUACAAAGUUGCUAGUUUUAUAAGGUCAAAGGAUCGCAGUUACCUUGUUUUAUCAAGAUUAAGUAUUAAAAUUUUGAGUAAGAAGCAUAAGGACCCAUAACUGUUCAAAAUAAAUGUUAUAUUUUUUAUUGCAACUAAUUUUGUAAAACUUCCUAAUAAUACAGUAAAGUGCUAAUGAAAAGUCCAGCCCUCUUCUUUAAUAAACAUGUGUAGUCUCCUUUUUAGUGGAACCAGAACUCUACUUUCUGUCCUUUGUGAGCAGUGUCUAUUUUUCUGAAUAUUUAGUCUUAAAAGAAAAACCAAUGAUAGGUGCUAUUCUUAAGCUCUGCCUUUUUCUCUUUCGAGAAAGGAUUAGCCGAACAUUAAUGAGGCAAACACGAUAGAAGUAUUUUAACUUCCUUUAGGAAACAUAUGAACACCUUUGAAAUAUACGGUAAUUAAAACGUUCCUGACUAAACUCACAUCGUUGUUCUGUAGCAUGAUUUAAUCCAUUCGAUACCAGGAUAUGAAAUAGUGGUUUCUUCCUGUGUUCCCUGCCUGGUACAAGAGCCCUGAUUUUCACAGUCAGGAUUAUAAUGUAGCUGGUGGGCAUCCCUCCCUCCCUCGUGCAGCCUGGCUUAUGGCAUGAACCCAAUUACAUCCUGUGGUAUGUAAUUUCGGGAGCACUUUCUCCUACAAUGUUAGAUCUUUCGGGCUUGAGCCAUCUGGUAACUUGGAACUGCUUUUCUGUUUUCCCUGCCUCCGUUUGCUGAUCUGCAUUUUGCUCUUUUAUUUAUCGGGGAUGAAGGAUGUUGCUUUGACUCCAUAGUAUUCUGUUAUCCUCUGUUGUAUGUAUUAAGUGUCUGUAACUUGUCCUUAUUCCAGUUUUCAAAAUGACCUGUAUGUACGUUCAGUUGUUUUACUAAAGUGAGCGUCAGAUGCCAUCUCUGCGUAACUCGUAUGAACAAAGGUCAGUUCCCCAGGUGCUGACCUGUCCUAUCUCAGGUGACCGUUAGGAGGGAGAGAAGAGGUGCUUAUUUUUUCUCUUCAGUUCGUUGAUGUUCAUCCUGUUUUCUCUUUUGUUUGUUUUUAUGUUACGUUGUCCCAUUUCAGGAGCAAUUAUGUUUGCCUCUGCACAUUUUAGAAGAGAAAGGUUUGAGCCAGGUCGCAGUGACGGUGCAGGCUCUCCUGGAGCUUGCCCCCCCCAAGCAGCAGCACCACUUGUCUGCUGCGUGAGGACCCCCAGCACCUGGGCGCUGGCCCGGCCAACCCGGAGCAGGACGGGAUUGCUGCUGCCAGCCGGCUGCUUACGCAAAGCUCUUGCGUGCUCUUACGAGGGACCGUUUCCAUGAUUCCUAACAGGAAUACGUUGCUUCAUUUCUCCAUUUUAGGGGAGGUUAUAUCCAUUUCCAUGGGACUGUUUUAGGAAGACACAGUUGGUUUUCGCAAAUGAAACUUAACUCUGUCAUUACUGAGAACCCGACGCCGAAGCCUAAACUGGCUGUGCUUUCCUAGGGAGCAGGCUUGUCUCCCGUUCCAGGAAGAAAGCUUCUCAGAAGGAUAGUUAGCUUUCCUGAAAACAGAGACAUGUUACUAUCUGUACCUGUUUCCUGUUUCUGGAACCCACUGGUUUCCAAAACUGGCUGUUCAUUAGAAUCUCCUAGAGCAUUUGUGAAAAUGUAGAUUCUCAUUCCAGUAGGUCUAGAGCGGGGCCUGGGUAUCUGCAUUUUCAACUGACAUAGUGAGACCACUUUCCCAAGCCGGGUAUUUUUUGUUAUGAUGUCGAGAGUAAUGACUCCACUAUGUUUGUCAGCCGCAUUUAAAAUCAGAAGCUAUGUUACGAUUACUUGGGACUGUCUGUCCAAGGCAAAACAAAUACAAUGUAGAAGGCCUAGAUUUUUGCAUAGUAAAGCAACGAGAGAGGUAAGUUGUAUUUAAGGCCAGCGUCUUAGGCCUUCCCCGAACUUCUGUCCACCACCACCACCUAAAACUUGGUUCUCAUAUGUGACAUCCUGCUAUUAUCUGAACAUUAUAAACAAGCAUUCUACACACAGGUUCCAAAUCCUUAGGAUGGUAACAGGCACUGCUCAGCGUCAUUUCCACUGAGCUCCCCCACCGCCUCCCCCACGCCACUCCCAGGAUACCGGGACCCGCAAAUACCUUCCACUCACGGCAGAUACACUUCCAGCUCCCUGACCGAUGGAAGACUGUGAAAACAGAGCAGAAGGAGUAAAAGAGAAGCCAAGUUUCUUAAUUUCUUUCACGUAACUGCCAGUUUCCAGGGCUGACUUAAGGCACUUGUGGUAUCUUAAAAAACCGUGUGCUGUCCCUAUAUGUAGCUCAUCGAACUCUACCACGGGUGCCUUCUUCAUUCCGCUGUGGGCCACGUCAGAGGGCGCAGGGCUCAUGGAGCACAAAGCCAGGAACCUUUGUUCAAGUUUAAACCACGAAGGUCUUUCUUACCCUAAUCUCUUGAACCCCUUUUAGUUGUUAGCAUAUCUUUUGGUAUUCACUGCCUUUAUAAACCAAGUAAAUAAGAGUAAGUGAAGAUGCUAGUUAUCUGAGAUUUUUUUGGGGUUGUGAACUAUUCUGGACUUUCUUUACCAGUGCAUGCAUUUGAGCAAAAUGUUCUCUCUUUAUCAUGUAAAUGCAACAUCUAAAAGUAACUGGAUAAAAUCUUGUUGAGUAUCUGGUCAAAAUAAUGUUUUCUCCCUGUUCUCACAGGGAAACAAGUUCAGUAGAACAUUCCACUUUGUCAAAGUUUAAAAUUAAAGAACAUAAAACAUCUGAUCUCAAAGCCCCACUGACCUUACAGAACAAAAGUAAAAUGUUUUUUAACUGCUUAGAGCCAGACCCCGUUAUAUUUACAGUUCUAAACAGAACCACCAAUCAAAGCGACUUGUUUAGAAUUUAGCUGUGUGCAUUUUUAAACUAUAGGUAUUUCUCCUUCUAGUCAACAUGAAACCUCAGUUCAAUUUCCAAAUAAUAGAAGCCAUUUGAAAGGAAACUCAGCAAAGAACAGGACUGUUUGUCACCUAUUAUGCAAGGAGUAAUCCCAGAAGACAUACAGAAUGCAACAUUUGGAAGAUUUCCAACUAUUUAUCCCAUAGGAAUAAGUGGAAAUUUCCACUUAUUUCACAUCUUAUACAUAACGUGCAACCUUAUUAAUGCAUUUUUAUCAAACUAAUGCAAAUUUAUAUUUGAAUUACUAGAAGAAAAUUGUGUACAGUUUUGGUUGAUAGUGAAAGAAAAAUAUCAAAUGUAUUUCUUUUCUAAGUCAAGAUGCAAAAACAUUUCGUGAUGUUUUUGCUAGAACAUUUUUGUAUUCAGUGUUCUGUACGUACCUUUUUUUUUUUUAAUAAACUGGAAAGAAAAUUUAACAUUUAGCCUUGCUAGACUCCAGUGUAAGAUAAAGGUGCUGUAGUGGUUCCACCCGACCAUUUAUGAGCUUCCUACUGAAGCAGUGGCCAGCCCAGCGCGGAAGUAUGAACAAAGAGGAGGCUGAGUGCCCACCCACCAGGGCCCCUGGCAGCUGCGGAGACUGUAAGUGAGCAGGUUCUCUGGCAACAGCUUCUGGCUGGAGGGGCCGUUGUUUGGCUAGAACAGAAUAGGGGGCUUAUUAGGAGGUCACUCUCUUUAACAGCUUUUUAAAAUACAGCCUCAUAGCUAACUAAGGAGUCUGUGAUUUCUCUUACUUGCUACAGCUCAAUAGUGACUAAUGACAUGUGACUACGCUGAUGAGUAGGACAAAGUUUUAACAACUAAGUGCUUAAAAUGGUUAUAGCAAUGAAGGAAAACAUGGAUAUUUAGAAACUUUUUUAUAUACUUAUUGCAGUGAGAUGGUUUACAGCAGAUUUUAUUUCUGAAAAUGUUGUAAACAUGUAAUUAGUAAAAGAUUUUGUAAAACAUUGUCCUAUAUUUGUAUGUCUGUAAAUAUAAUGCAUAAGUUCUAAGUAUAAAUAUGUCCAUAUCAUGUAUGUUAUUUUAAAUUGCCUGUAUGCCACCUUACUUGUUGACAUGAAAAUAAAAGCCAACACUUCAAUCGCAUGAAAUAAAGA